CUUGAUCUUCGUCGACGCGUGAAGAUGUUGAGCUAGUUUUUGUUGAAUCACUUUCCUUUUCAGCACGUUUUGUAAAUGACCUCGCCCAAUUUCAAUAAUCCCUCAUAUCUUGACCGAUUAAUAAUCUUAAUCGCAAUUCCAUGUCUUCUUUGCGACAUUCGAACAGCACCUCCCUUGACGUUAAACACUUUUAAAAAUCCACGCGCAGACGACAAAACAACAACGAUGCCAGCCUUCUCGUUUGAAGUUCUUUUGCCUGUCCAGCACCGUGGCAGUCUGGACAUGGCUGACAAACUCAUCGGUAAGGCCAAAAAGGGUGAAGUGCUGACGGGAGACGUCAUCAGCAACAAUGAGGACGAAUGGCUCAGGCUAGAUAGUAUGACCGAUGUCUUUGUCCCUCUCCGGGCCCAGGGGAAGCAAAUUUUGAAACCACUAUCCAAGAAUUCUAACUACAGUUUGAUGGUAGCUGGUGGAAUGACCGCAGGUGGCUCAGCAGCUGUUUCAUCGUUGGAGGUAGUGGGCAAUCAGAAAAAUUCAGCAGUAGGACCUGGGGACGAAUUGGAAGGUCUCCAUGCCUUGGGGGAUGCGAAGUUUGGGAUUGGGAGGAAAAGCAACAGAGUCGGAGCCUCCGGAUCUUCCUCGAGCAGUAGCACAGGCUCUACUGGUCGCGGCGGUGGACCACGAGGAGGACAGACGAACGGCGCUAGGGGUACUGACCGCGUAUCAACCGGUUUCCAUUCAGCUGCAACGUCCCACGAACGGCACAACAUGUAUAUGCAAGAGAUGGAGCAGGGACUCCACGAAAUGGGUAUCGACACAAGGAACGACCCGUACCUCCACCCUCAAAGAGUGCAAGAUAAUACUUUAGGUCUAGGAGUAGCAGGUCGAAAACAGAUAAAGCCAGUAGUGCUGAAGAUGAACAAUACACCGCAAAACAUGGAUCUCCAUCAGGCCGCAGGUGGCGAUCUUCCUGAAUUGCUUGUUGACAAUCAAAACGGUGGCUCUUCGUCCUCAACUGACACGAGACAAACUUCGAUCAUAUGCGGUUCAAGUGCAGUAGGAGCAUCGACGAAGCUGGAGUCUGCAUUACAGUCUAAUUGGCAAUCUGUGAAGCAUGGGGAAGAGCGGCAAAACUGGGCUGUAGGGCAGUGGGUCGAUGUUUCCGACAGGAACAUUCUUUGCAUGGCAACGGCAGCAGCUUCGAGCUUCGGGGCGAAAAAAGGGCUUGCGUCUUCACCAGUUGCCUCCUCUUCGUAUCGGCUAGUUGUCGGUGGCGCAGACCAUCAAUUGAAGGAACUUGAGGUAGGAUCAGGAAAAGUACUGCGUAGUUUGUACCAUGAGCGACUGGGUCACAGGGACUGGGUUGCUGCUUGUUGUUACUGCGCGACACCAGUCGAUCCACUUGCCGUUGUAAGCGGUGGCGCAGAUGCAAAGCUGUGUGUCUGGGAAAAGAGGGGCUGCAAGGAAAUGACCGGACACACAGGAAGCAUAUCGAAACUCGAACCGGUUCGAGUGGCCGCAAUGAAGGUCGUGAGCAGCAGCUACGAUAAAACCCUGCGGAUAUGGGACUUAAAGUAGAUAGACCUUCUUUCUCGCGGUCUCUUGAGAAUCUUUAUUCAAGUUUGAUGGCUGAGGCUUUGACGUUCAAUCAAUGAAUAUGAGGGAUUCAUCAUUACGAAAACAUAAAGAAACGUGAUAAACUACUAAUUGAGGUCUUCUAUAGCAUCAUUCGACCUGCAGGUCAAAGCGCGAAUGUGUAACGCUGAUUGGACACACAGCGCCUGUGCUGCAUCUCGUCCAGUCUCUUGAAGGCAGUUUGCUGCUUUCCGGUGACAGAAGCGGAUUAUGUCGAUUGUGGGACACAACUUCUGGCCAAUGCUUGUCGACAUUGAAGGGCCACCAAGGACACAUAACUGCAAUGGCAACAACGUCCGGCAGGGGUGGCCUUUUUUUCACGGGUGCACAAGACGGGCACGUGAGAGCCUGGGACCCAAGGCAGCGCGUCUGCGCUCAGAACAUCGCUUUACAUACCGGUGCAGUGAAUGACAUUCUCCCGUUUGGGGACACGACACUCGUCACAGUUGGCGCGGACAACACCAUGAAAUGGACUGAUUUAUCCCCUACCUCCACAGCAGGAGCACAGCUUCCAACAACUUCAUCUUCUAGCACAACAUUUCACAAAGUGGGCAACGUUUCCGACGCCGAUUUUGUCUAUGCAGCCAAGCUUUUUAACCAGAACCUCAUCGUUUUAGGAGACGGUCACGGCUUCUUAUCGGGCUACGAUCCGAUGACGGGGGAAGAGCGGUGGGCACGACAACGCGUAACUCAAAACGCGAUACGCUGCAUCGACCUCCUUGGGAAGACCUUAGCGAUUGCAGGUGAUGACGGAAACGUCCAGUUUCUCCAGAUGCAAUAACAUUGCUGGCUACUGGCUACUGCUCACAUCAUGUUGAUGUUGCAAUUUUAUACGUGGAGUGUUUUUUUUGCUGCUUCUAUCAGCAUAGGUAUCCGAUUCUGAUCAUGAUUCACUAAAAGUGUGAGUCUGAAAAUUUUCCACUUUUGGGUACUUUUUGAUCAUGGAGGAAACACCUAGUAGAUCACCUUUAUUUUUCAUGUUCGCCAGAACUAUAACUUUUGCAUCACGCCCAGCGCCAGCCCACGCAUCUAUCGAUCUCCAGACAUAUGCAAAUGUAAAGAAGC